UAGGAAGUUUGUCCGCUCCGGGGCACCGUAGCGGCUUUAACCGGGGGAGAAGCGGGCUGAGAGGCUGGGCUGGGCGCUGGAUCCCAGUUGAGCUUUGGAGACUCCGAUGGCUGCGGUGUUUCUAGUGACGCUGUAUGAGUACUCGCCGCUCUUCUACAUCGCGGUGGUCUUUACCUGCUUCAUCGUGACCACCGGCCUGGUAUUGGGAUGGUUUGGUUGGGAUGUUCCAGUAAUCCUGAGAAAUUCUGAAGAGACCCAGUUCAAAACAAGAGUUUUCAAAAAGCAAAUGAGACAAGUCAAGAAUCCUUUUGGCUUAGAAAUCGCUAAUCCAUCUUCAGCUUCGAUUUCAACUGGCAUCACUUUGACAACAGAUUGCCUUGAAGAUAGCCUCCUCACAUGCUACUGGGGGUGCAGUGUCCAGAAAUUGUACGAGGCUCUGCAGAAGCACGUUUAUUGCUUCCGAAUAAGCACUCCCCAAACACUGGAAGAUGCUUUGUAUAGCGAAUACCUCCAUCGAGAACAGUAUUUUAUUAAAAAGGACAGCAAAGAAGAAAUAUAUUGCCAGUUACCAAAAGAUACUAACAUUGAAGACUUUGGGACAGUGCCCAGAUCUCGCUACCCAUUGGUAGCACUGUUGACCCUAGCUGAUGAGGAUGACCGAGAAAUUUAUGAUAUUCAACUUUACAUGUCUGCAAAUAAUAAUGCCACUCCUUCGAGCAAUUCCUCUCCAGAAGGUGAAAGCACAGACCGAAGCUUGUUGGAAAAGGCUGGACUCUCUGAGAGUGAAGUAGAGCCUCCGGAGGAGAGUAGCAAGGACUGUGUGGUUUGCCAGAAUGGGACCGUGAACUGGGUGCUCCUGCCCUGCAGACACACGUGCUUGUGUGACGGCUGUGUGAGGCAUUUCCAGCGGUGCCCAAUGUGCAGGCAGUUUGUUCAGGAAUCGUUUGCACUUCGCAGUCAAAAGGAGCAAGAGAAAGACAAACAGAAAACCCUCUGAGGAUGUUGUUACAACUGAAAAGUACAAUUACCACUCAAGAUGCAGAAAUGUGUGUUCUUGGAAUCAAUCGUAACAUGGAAUGCGGUGUUGACUGUCAAUGACAAUUCAAUUUUAACUUCAUGUUUGUGCGGUACCUGGAUGAUGAAACUUAAUUAUUCCUUCCUGUUCCAUAUGGUAAAUGCUGGAAUACUAUCUGUGUUAAACAUAAAAAUGCAUUCAGCUACUGAGAAGAAAAUAAAUGCCUGGCCUUUUAUCAGCUAGGGGAUUUCAUGUAAUAUUAAUUAGAACAUUUCUAAAAAGCAGUCCAUCUAAAAUUUGAGGAAGUAAAAGUCUUAAGUUUUCUGAAUGUUUUUCCUUGGCCAUGAUUUAGAGUGCAAUUGGGAAAAAAUUGAAUUCUUCUUAGAGUAAUUGUAUGUUCCCCAGUUUACAGAGGAAUUGACCAUGGCUUCUAACUUUAAGUCCUUUCCUAAAAUAGCAGUUUUUAUAAAUAUCCAUCUGUUUGGUUUCCAAUUUUUCUUAUAGCCACAUAAACACAGUCUUAAUUUUUAAACAUAGCUUCUUAAAUUAGAAAUGCAAGAUACAAUUCU